GUGGUCUUGUUGUCUGAAAGGUUGGCGAUCAGGGGUUAAGGCACGCUAUAAGAUGGCUGUAAGCCUUUCAUCUCAUUUAAUGGGUUUCAGUGACGAUACCGUUGCGUGUUCCGUUGCCCAAAUGGAUGAGAUUGAAGAUCUGAGUACGUGCUCAGUCUGUUUUUCAGAGUAUAAUAGUGAUAAGCGAAUCGCCAAGUUUCUCCCUUGUUUCCAUACAUUUUGCCUGGAGUGCCUUAGGUCACUGUCUUCAUCCACUGUUAUAAUAACAUGUCCUCUAUGUCGGAACACAUUUACAUGCAACAAUGGUGUGGAUAACCUUCCGUCCAACAUGUAUGCCCUUCAUAUUGCCAAAAUGUCCAACAAAGCUGAGAGAGCUAAACAGUUGCAAAGAUUGUAAGCCUCUAUUGCUUUAU